GUGCCCAGAGCCCAGAGGAGAGGUGGCUCAGGACUACAGCUCCUCAGACAGGACCUAGAGAAGACUACCACCAAGCCACACUCUGCCCAGGCCUGUGAGGUCCACCUGAAGACUGAACUGGCCAGACUCAGAGACAGACUGGAGACCAUGAGCAGACAGAGAGGAGAGUUGGUCACGAGAGAAACGGAGCUAAAGCAUAUCAAGGAAGAGAGGAGUCGCUCUGUAACUGAGGUGAAACGGCUGCGUGAGGAGCUGGCGAGGGCGGAGCAGACGCGCUGCUGGGAGGUGGAGGGCAUGAGGAAGGAGGUCUCCCAGAUGACCAAUGAACUGCACCAGCGUGACAUUACCAUCGCCACCCUCAGUGGCUCCGCCUCCAGCGUGGAGCGCCAGCUAAGUGGCGAGGUGGAGAGGGCAGAGCGCCGGGCGGCUGAGCUCAAGGUGAGGUCCACCAGGGUGAAGGGAGUCUUAAAAGAAAGAUUGUACACAAUUACAACAAAUAGUAACCCUCCUCUUAAAUGGUCUACCAAGGGGGGGGGCUGUCUGUAGAAAUCAUUAGCCUGUAAAUUGCAAGCUAUUGUGGACUAGUGAUCUCUGGUUACUCUCUUAUCUUUCUUCACUUCAGUCCAUAAGGUGGCAGUAGUGAUAGCAUCUGAGCAAAUGAUGGAGCUACUGUACAUGUAUACAGUGUAUUCAGACACCUUGACUUUUUCCACAUUUUGUUACAGCCUUAUUAAAAAACAAUCCUCAUCAAUCUACACACAAUACCCCAUAAUGACAUCACAAUACCCCAUAAUGACAUCACAAUACCCCACAAUGACAUCACAAUACCCCACAAUGACAUCACAAUACCCCACAGUGACAUCACAAUACCCCAUAAUGACAUC